AAACUGACAUAGAGUGUUCUCUCUCUUCUCUAAAUGGUUGUGUAGGGUCCACUCUACAGUGAGCCAAAAGCAAAACCCACAUUUGGCAUCUCAUCCUGAAUCAAAUUCAAUUGAACCCAUUCACCAAAACCCUAAUUUACUGUCUCUCCUCAGCCUUCCAAUCCUAGAUCUUCAAUCCCCUGAGAUUUUAGGGUUUUCUUCUCAUCCACAAUGCACAAAUUGGGGAGAGGUCAUCGUGACAAAUUCCAGCAGUUCAUCGCAAUAACUGGAGCCAGUGAGAAAGUAGCACUGCAGGCUCUGAAGGCUAGUGAUUGGCAUCUUGAAGGAGCAUUUGAUUUUUUUUACAGCCAGCCCCAGCUUAAAACAUUUACUGAUUCUAGACACUUGGAGGAUCUAUACAAUAGAUAUAAAGAUCCAUAUGUUGAUAUGAUUUUGGCAGAUGGCAUCACUCUCCUUUGCAAUGAUAUCCAGGUGGAUCCUCAAGAUAUAGUAAUGUUAGUUCUUUCAUGGCAUAUGAAGGCUGGCACCAUGUGUGAAUUUUCCAAGAAGGAGUUUAUUGAAGGUUUACAAUCUCUGGGGAUUGAUUCACUGGAGAAGUUCCGUGAAAAGAUACCACAUAUGCGCUCUGAGCUGAAAGAUGAACAGAAGUUCCGAGAGAUAUAUAACUUCGCUUUUGGCUGGGCAAAGGAGAAGGGUCAAAAAUCUCUGGCAUUGGAUACAGCUAUUGGAAUGUGGCAAUUAUUAUUUGCCGAGAAACAGUGGCCAUUGGUUGAUCACUGGUGCCAGUUCUUGCAGGCUCGUCAUAACAAAGCAAUAUCUAGGGACACUUGGUCUCAGCUUUUGGAGUUUGCAAGGACUGUUGGCUCUAAUUUAUCUGAUUAUGAUGCUGAAGGUGCUUGGCCGUAUCUUAUUGAUGAGUUUGUUGAAUAUCUGAACGAGAAUGGUAUCAUCCAAAAUGGUCAGAUCAAUGAUUCUAGUCUAAAACGAUGAUGCAUUCAGUAAGAUGGUAUUUAAGGGAAUUUGAUCUCUGCUCUCUUGUGAUGAGUUUUGCUAUUCUGUGAUCGAACUCCUCCUUGUUAUUAAGGGGGAUUUCGUCUAAAUAUGCAAGAAGAAGAGGACAUGGCUGCUAGAGCAAACUCAUUCUUGCUGACAAAGUAGUAGCAUCAUUUACUUGUGGGAUUGUUGAUAUGGUAUAUGAAUUGGGGAGUAUUGUGAAAUAAGUAACGGGAGCCUUCUGAUUCCAUGGUGUUAUAGUUUCAUUUUUCCUUCCAAUUUAAUAAUUUAUUCUUGUACUAUGUCUUCUUAGGUAAAAUACUUCUGUGAUUGUUACUGAAUGUCCUUGUGUCUGUUCUACUUUCAUCAUUUUGUAAUAUAUGUGGCACCUUGGUAUUGAAACAUUCAUGAAAUAGAAAAGAAAGCGGGGGAAAAGUAUCUAGUAUAUUUGGAGGUUUGCUAUAUAUAAUGGAAAUAUAUUUUUAUGU